CGACCUUCCGUGCCUCCGCCCCCCGCAACUGCCUCCUCUCAGCCACCCAUUCAUUCACCUACUACCUGCUUCACUUCUUCUUAUCAUAAAUACAUGGCUUCAGCGGCUGGAUCCUCCCAGGCCUCAUCCCAGGUCUCCGACGAUGCAGCACUUUCGCCGCGUCUGUCCUUCAAGUGUGCUGUAACCGAUUCCAAGGGACCCCGGCGUUCCAUGGAAGAUGCACAUUCUAUCGUCGUUCCCUUCGGCGGAGUCCGCGGUCAAGGGUUCUUUGCGAUUUUCGAUGGUCACGCAGGGAAGCAGGCCGCACAAUGGUGCGGGCAGAACUUUGCUCUGUGCCUCUUGCACGCGCUGCGGAGAGACAGGUCUGCGACCAUCCCCGAUGUGCUCAACCAGACGUUCCACAACGUCGACAUGAACCUCUCGAGGUUGUCGGAGGAGUCGGAUGGGAAGAUGCACUCCGGCUGUACGGUUGUGACCGCGUUCCUCCGACUCGAGGAUGAGAACGGUAGCCAGGCUUUCCUUCCGCCCGACUUUGACCUCGUCGCUCCGCCGCUCCCCGCAUCAGCGGCCGACCCAACGGCUUUGGUGGACCACGAUCGAGACGAAACCCCAGACGACGAUACCGACUCCCACCCUAAUGAUAAUGUCCACGGGCCCAGCAGUAGCGACAAGGACUCGAAGUCGAAGGGCACGACAAGUAAGCUCCUGCAUGCUAUCAAGAGCUUGGGUGGCGUCGCUCAUCAUCGUCGCUCUACCUCUUCUACCUCCGCCCCGGGUCACCCAGACUCGCCGAACAGCCCGUCGCCUGUUCAGGAGAAGAUCGUCAUGCCUCCGGAGAACCUACGGCGGGUGCUGUAUUGCGCGAAUGCGGGCGACGCUCGUGGAGUGCUCUGUCGCGCGGGCAAGGCAGUACGGUUGACGUACGACCACAAGGGAUCGGACAAGCAGGAGGCGAAGCGCAUCACCGACGCCGGUGGUUUCGUUAUGAGUGGGCGUGUCAAUGGCGUACUCAACGUUACGCGCAGUCUCGGAGACUCAUCGAUGAAGGAGUUCGUGGUUGGCUCUCCGUACACCACUGAGACGGAGCUUAGCGAGCAGGACGAGUUCCUGAUCUUGGCAUGUGAUGGCUUGUGGGACGUGGUGAACGACCAGGGGGCCGUCAACCUCGUGCGCGCGAUUGCAGAUCCGCGGCAAGCGGCGGAGGAGCUGCUUGAUCACGCUUACAAGAACUACUCGACGGACAACGUGACUGUCCUCGUCGUCCGGUUCCGAGACCCCCCUGAGAGCGUCCGUGCGGAUUGACGGUGGCUCUUCCGACUCAUGCAUGGGUUUCGGAAGUACUCUCGUCGAUUUCUGCACAACCUACCGCCCAAGUCGUCAUCGCUCGUCAUAGAUGCAGACGCGACGUACAUCACACCCGACCCCGCACGAGUCCUCGUAGCAUCCGUCGUGUGAUGUCAGCAUCGUUGCUUCCUGCUCCCCCCUUGUAGUCGCUCGUCACCACGGUCUCGCAGCCCCUGUUUCACUUCCUUAGGGUCUUAUCAUGUGCACGCGCCAUUCCACUCGUCUAUACGUCCUCGAUUUCUUGUCAUUCAUGUCGAACAUCGAACAGGCCGUACAAGUACAUCUGUAUCAUAUACAUUAUGGACAGGCAUGGUAACUUACCCUACUUCCUACAAUUGAUAGUCGUAGCCUC